UGUUUUGUAAAAAAGGUUAAUGAGAAACAAAGAAAGGGAAAAAGGAAAAGUUAGGGGGUGGUGGGGGCAUAGAGAGUGCUACUACUGAUUCAAAAGCCAUAAGUUGAGAGAGAGAGAGAGAGAAAGUGGGAACAUUCUGAAAUUGGUUGGCUUUUUGUGUUUGUGUAGCUAGCUGUGGUGGCUGUCAUCAAAAGAUGAGGAACAGCUCAUCUUUUUUCAAGCCUCAUCUUUUGCCAUUCUUUUGAUUGGUUCAUGUAGUUUCAUCCUUGUUUAUGUUUAUGUUUAUAGACAUAAACACCUCUUCUUUUUUCAUAUACUAAACCAAACAAACCUUUGUGUUUCUUUGAUAUCAACUAUAAACCAGAAACAAUUUCUGUGUCUUCUAGGAGUUCAAAGAAGGGACAUGGCUACACUAGUAGUGUGUGAAUGUUGAGUAUGGAAUUUGGUUUCUGAAAUUUUGCUGACCAGAAAGUGUGUGUGUUUGUUUGUUACUUUGUGGUGUCUAAAUCCAUUGUUGGAAACAACAACAAAAACAAAUACCAAGAUUCAGAAACAUAAUUUUAAUAGAGAGUGGGGCGGUGGUGUCAGGUAGAACUAGUGGGGGUGUCUGUAACAAAGUUACUCUUUCUUUGAGAAAAUUAUUAUUUUAUAAAUAUAUGAAUGUGUUUGUGUGUGUUGGAGAUAGUUUGUUUUGUUGGUAAUGUCUCCUAACAUGGUUUAUCUUGGCCGGUCUCUUUGGACUUUGUUACCAAUUUAGUAAGCAACAUGUUCUUUGAGUCUCUUCUCAUUCAAGUUACAAAAAGAAUAAUACUAAUACCCCAAAAAUAGUUUAAAAUUUCAUCUAACUAGCCUUGGUUUGUGGGAAAGAUUCGGUCAUACAAGGAAAGAACUUGAACUUGAUCCUUUUAUCUUCUACUUUGAUCUAGAUAGCAAUUUACUUGCAUUUUCUGUUUUAUCCAAACUUGGUCAAGAGUUUGUGGAGUAGGUGAUUUGAGAAGCUAUUUUGGAGCUUUUUUCUUUUUGGUCAAGAUGAAGUUUAUGAAACUUGGAUCUAAGCCUGAUUCUUUUCAAAAUGAUGGAGAUAAUGUUAGGUAUGUGGCAACUGAGCUGGCAUCUGACAUAGUCGUUAAUGUUGGGGACGUAAAAUUUUAUCUACAUAAGUUUCCACUUUUGUCCAAAAGUUUACGCUUGCAAAAGUUGGUUUCAAACACAGAUGAGGAGAACGACGAAAUUCACAUCCACGACAUUCCUGGGGGACCUGUUGCUUUUGAAAUAUGUGCAAAGUUCUGUUAUGGUAUGGUUGUCACUCUAAAUGCAUACAAUGUAGUUGCAGCUCGCUGUGCAGCGGAGUAUCUUGAGAUGUACGAAACCAUUGAAAAGGGAAAUCUCAUCUACAAGAUUGAAGUUUUCCUCAACUCCAGCAUUUUCAGGAGCUGGAAAGAUUCGAUUAUUGUUCUACAAACAACUAAAUCACUUCUUCCGUGGUCGGAGGAACUUAAGAUCGUGAGCCAUUGUAUCGAGUCCAUAGCUACCAAGGCUUCGAUGGAUCCAUCCAAGGUGGAGUGGUCAUACACAUAUAACAGGAAAAAGCUCCCAUCGGAAAAUGGGAACGAUGCACACUGGAAUGGUGUGAGGAAACAACUAAUGGUUCCAAAGGAUUGGUGGGUGGAAGAUCUUUGCGAGCUCCAACUUGAUCUCUAUAAGCGAGUCCUGUCAACUAUUACAACCAAUGGAAAUGUUUCCGGGGCAGUUGUCGGAGAAGCUCUAAGUGCGUACACCUCUAGAAGGUUGCCUGGUUUUAAUAAGGGUGUUAUCCAGAGUGGUGAUACCACAAAGAAUAGAUUAUUAUUGGAGACUAUUGUCGGUUUAUUGCCAGCAGAUAUGGGAAGUGGCUCUUGCGCUUUCUCGCUGAAGUUAUUAAAAGUGGCUAUUCAACUGGAUUGUGAAGUGUCAGUGAGAUCUGAACUGAUGAGGAGGAUAGGCCAGAGGCUUGAUGAGGCUACGGUGGCUGAUCUUUUGAUUUGUGCGUCGGCUGGUGAAACAACUCACGAUGUUGAAACUGUGCAGAAGCUAGUUGAAGUGUUUGUAGCACAUGAACAUCAAUCUUUGAUGGAAGACGAAUUGCAGGAGAUCAGAAGCCCCAAGAUGGUAUCAAACACUUCAAGCAAGAUAAAGGUUGCAAAGCUUGUCGAUAGCUACCUUGCUGAGAUUGCACGUGAUCCUAAUCUGCCUCUUCUCAGUUUUGUGAAUAUCGCCGAUUUGGUAUCAAGCUUUCCUAGACCGUCUCAUGACGGUCUUUAUCGUGCCAUUGACAUGUAUUUAAAGGAACAUCCUGGAAUCAGCAAAAGUGAGAGGAAAAGAAUAUGUAGGUUGAUGGACUGCAGGAAGCUGUCUGCAGAAGCUUGCAUGCAUGCAGUGCAGAAUGAGCGACUUCCUUUACGUGUCGUUGUACAAGUUCUCUUCUUUGAGCAGAUGAGAGCUUCAACAACUUCAUCAUCAGGUGGCACGAGCACUCCUGAUCUUCCCGGUUCCAUCAGGGCAUUGCAUCCCGGUGGUUCUCACGGUAGUUCAAGGUCUACCACAACCAACACAGAAGAGGAAUGGGAUGCUGUGGCAACAGCAGAAGACAUAAAAGUUCUGAAAGGCGAACUCGCCGCACUAAAACUAUCAAGUGGAGGUAGCCAGAGUAGUGAUAGAAACAGCAACAACAAUGACGGUGGUGGUAUAGGCAAUGCAGAAAAAGUCGCUGCUAACAAAAUGAAAGGCUUCCUUAUGUCCAAGAAGCUAUUCUCCAAGCUUUGGUCGAGCAAAGAAAAAAACGGAGAGAUUACUAGCUCUGAUACGUCCGAAAGCCCCGCUUCUACUGUUGUUGAGGAGACAAAAUCUACACCAUCUAGAAGUAGGAGACAUUCAGUAUCUUAAAUUUUUUAUUUUCUUGCAUCGUUGUAUAAUCGUCGAUCACUUUGGUAGCAUUAGGAGAUAGAGCUUACUUAACACAUCUUCUAGCUGAGAUUGACUGUGGCUUGAAGGUGUGAAGGUUGUUUGUGGCUACAUCUUACAACUACUGCUAGAGCAGCUUCCACUUAAGAUGAGCUUAAUGAGGGACCCGGUUUUGUUGUACUAUAUAAUCAGAGAAGGAUUAUCAUUGACUUAUGAACUGUUAAGAGAAAAUUUGUAAGCAUUUUUAAGAUAUAAAGUUAAUUAACUAGAAUCAA